UCCUAAAUUCGCUUGAAURAUUUUGAAUCGCUCCGCGGUUCGUAAUAGAACUUAAUGCUUGAAGUUUCGCGAAGAUCGCUAAAAUGUGUUUGAAAAUUUAAAGCUUAGUUUCGAUUUUUCCAAAAUGUCGGAUGCAAAUCUGAAAAGUGAACUCGUACUAAACAACCUUAGAGAGCUAGUUCUUCGUCUCGAAAGCUCGCAAAAACAACCUAUUCGCGAUGACAAUGUUCUCCUAGCCCCAAUAUGUGGACUCUUGGAAAGGGUUCUACGAAUUGGACUAAAACGUUCAGUUCUUGGAUUUGGCCUGAAGAAAUGGGAUUAUUGGUGCUGGAUAGACGCUCUCCCAAACUCGUGCUCCAUUCAGCAAGACAGGCAAUCAUUGGCUCUUCUACACGCCAUCACUUUCACCAAAUCGUCGCAGAAGGUACAGACAUACCAGGGAUUUGGUCGCAUAUUUAUUCGCAUCGCCCUGAUGAAAAAGCUGAUGGGAUAUAUUGUCCAAACUAUUCAAGAUAAUAGAAAGUUAUUAAAGAACUGGUACAGCGAGUCUUCAUUGCUUACCGACAAAGUUAUGUCAGAAACAUUCCGGCAGGUCUUGGACGACCUUGGCAAGCAUGUAUUUGAAUUGAACCUUAAGAAUGCAAGUUUUCUGGAUGAGUGUUGGAUAAUACCGGAGGUUAGAGAGACGCAAAUCGUCCCGUGCAAGGAACUGGGCCUCGUCGUUAGACACGUCGAUGGAAGGGUGAUAGUAGCACAUGUGAAAAACAAUGGAGCUGCUGGUGACGCUGGGAUAGAAUGUGGUGAUACAAUAGAUGAACUGUGUGGUCAACCAUUACUGAAGAUCAAAAAUGGAAAGGUAUUAGAGCUUCUAAAGCAAAAUGUUGGUAAACCUGUCCAAUGUACUCUCGUUAAGGCUAAGCUAUCCAAUGGCACCUUCUUUCCACCUUCAGCCGAGAGAAUCAAGGUGAUUCAUGAUGAUCCGUACAAAGAAGAUGGUAAAAGUAACGAGUAUGCACCACAGCAACUGGCUGGCAUCGAUGAGACACCAGUACAUACUGCAGACACUAUUGCAUCCUACUCUGCCUUGUUCUAUGGUCGGGUAGAGACUGGAGAGGAUGGUAGUACCUUGGUCAUCGAGGAUGGUAUACUCAACGUGUUAAAGCAAGCCAACAAACCUCGAGCUGUAGAGUUACACCUUAGUGAGACAAACCUAAGAGUGAUCGAUACGGAAACUUCUAAAGUUCUUUCAGCCCACUCCUUCACCGAAACCUCUUCUUGUGGUCGAAGAAGCGACAGAAAGGACAUCAUUGCAUUUGUGUCAGGAGAUAUGAACUGUGCCAUGGCCAAGAAAUUUUACURCUAUGUUUUCCAAGUAAAAGAUCCCGAUAUAGCCAAGGUCAUUCUAUACAGCAUUGCUGAUGGGUUUUGUCGAACUGUCUGGUUUGUUUGAGUAGCUGUCCCAAAACGUACAGUGUCUUGGCUGUUCUUCUCAAGUCAAUCAUAUUUCUAAAUGUUUGAAGGUUUAAGGAACUUAAUUUUCACUUAACUUUCAGAUAAUUUUUUACCAAAUUUCUUAUUAACUAGAUAUAACUCUCUUUAUUGCAAUUUAAAUCUCUCUAGCUUGGGUGUAAUAAGUGUAAUCAUUGCAGACAACGUGUAAUUGUCUUAAGAUUCUUUGUGUGAGUUGUAUCCAUAUUUUUGUCUUCUCAUGUGCAACCGUUAAGCAAAGAAAUCAUACUCAAGAGAAUGGCACGUGUUCUGAAAUAAAAUAAGAACAUUACAUCUAAGGUAAGAAUGGCUGGAUUUUCGGUGGUUUUAUUGGGUAGACUACAUCCAGUGUUGUAAUUAAUAAUUGCACGUACGACUGUACGACCAACACCGCCUCGCAGACGUUUGUGCUAGCUUCUUAAUUUCUUAAUUUCAGCUGAUCUAAAAUAUACUAACUCACACCAUUAUUUAUUAGCCAUUCCGAGGCUGAGGAAAAUACUGGGUCGAUUGGCAUUGCAUUGCACUGUUGAGCUGUUUAGGGGCAUACUUUUCAAGAGGGCGGGCAUUUCGUACCCUAAAAUACCUUCAAAAAGAAUCUAAAAACAUUACUUUUUGAUUUAUAAGUUAGCAUUAUCCCUCGAACUGUUUAUUUUUGUUUCUGUUUUUCUGUCUUUUUAUUUUCCUUUGUUUUAUUUUUUGUACAGCGCGCCGAGAUCGUAUGGGGCUGCGCUAUAUAAGAACAUCUUUAUCAUUAAUAUUAUCAUUAUUAUUAUAUAGCUUCUCGUUAAUCCCAUAUA